AUGACAAGGGAUCAUAGUUUACCUACAUUCCAAGAAUAUGGAGGGGUUAAAGGGGUAGCAGAAUUAAUUAAAACAAACGUAGAGAAGGGAAUCGAUGGGGAUGAUGAAGACCUGCUAAAAAGAAGAAAUGCAUUUGGGUCAAACACAUAUCCUCGGAAAAAGGCAGGAGUUUUUGGAUGUUUCUGUGGGAGGCAUAACCAAGUUCCUGCUGAUGGUAUUCUAAUCUCUGGUCAUUCACUCGCAAUAGAUGAAUCUAGCAUGACUGGGGAAAGAAAAAUUGUUCAUAAGGACUCUAAAGAACCAUUUCUAAUGUCUGGGUGUAAAGUAGUAGAUGGAAGUGGUACGAUGCUGGUCACAAGUGUUGGAAUUAAUACUGAAUGGGGAUUGCUCAUGGCUAGUAUUUCAGAGGACACUGGUGAAGAAACACCUUUGCAGGUACGCUUAAAUGGGGUUGCAACAUUCAUUGGAAUUGUUGGUCUCACAGUAGCUUUUGUUGUUUUGGUUGUUCUUCUGGUCAGAUACUUCGCUGGGCAUGCAAAAAAUGUAGAUGGUACUAGUCAGUUUAUUGGAGGGGUGACUAAAGUUGGUGAUGCUAUAGAUGGAGCCAUUAAAAUUGUUACUGUUGCGGUCACUAUUGUUGUAGUUGCGGUUCCUGAAGGGCUUCCAUUGGCUGUUACUUUAACUCUUGCAUGCUCAGUGAGGAAAAUGAUGGCAGAUAAAGCCUUGGUUCGAAGGCUUUCUGCAUGUGAGACAAUGGGUUCUGCAGAAACCAUCUGUAGUGAUAAGACUGGAACCUUAACUCUAAAUCAGAUGACUGUUGUUGAGGCCUAUGUUGGUCCGGAAAAAAUUGCUCCUGCUGAUAACAAGUCACAGUUGUCUCCAAUGUUGUCUUUACUUUUUGAAAGUAUUGCUCAGAAUGCGAAUGGUGGUGUUUUUGUACCGGAGGGUGGGGGUGAAGUAGAGGUUUCUGGAUCACCAACAGAAAAGGCCAUUAUUUCCUGGGGAAUUCAGUUGGGAAUGAAUUUUGAAGUUGUCAGAUCAGAAUCUACAAUUCUUCAUGUUUUCCCAUUCAGCUCAGAGAAAAAGCGAGGUGGUGUUGCAGUUAAACUUCCUGACUCUCAAGUUCAUGUACACUGGAAAGGCGCUGCUGAAAUAGUUUUGGCUUCAUGUACGCAGUAUAUUGAUGAGAGCAAUCAGGCAGUAGCCAUGGAUGAAGAAAAGGUUCUUCAUUUCAAGAAAGCUAUUGAUGGCAUGGCUGCAAAGGCUUUACGUUGUGUUGCUAUUGCAUACAGAACAUGUGAGCUAGAAACAGUUCCAACUGAUGAAGAACAACGAUCUCGUUGGGCAUUACCUGAGGAUGAUCUUGUUCUACUUGCCAUAGUUGGUAUCAAGGAUCUGUAUAUGCAAACAUUCAGAAAUUUAUUCAUGCAGCUUCUUUGGGUUAAUCUUAUCAUGGAUACUCUUGGUGCAUUAGCAUUGGCUACUGAACCCCCUACUGAUCACCUGAUGCAUAGACCCCCAGUUGGCCGAAAAGAACCAGUUUGUGUCUUCUCCUACUACUGUUCAUUGGGCAAUGUUCUUCGUAUUUUGAGGUAUCUUCGAGGUACUAUCUUCCAAAAAUUGGUAUUUCCAUCAACUUCUUCCUUGGAGCUACGGACAUAUUCUGAUGUUGAUCAUAGUCUUGAUCCCACAGAUCGUAAGUCAGCUACUGGUUUUUGUAUCUUUUUGGGUGAUUCUCUUAUUUCUUUGAAGAGUAAGAAACAAACUGUGGUCUCUCAUUCUUCUACUGAACCAGAAUAUCGUGCUAUGUCAUUAACAAUGAAAGAGAUUGUUUGGUUACGUUGGUUACUUGCAGAUAUGGGUGUUGUUCUUUCUCAUUCCACUCCUGUGUAUUGUGACAACCAAAGUGCUAUCUAG